UGAAUAGAAGUAAUGGAAGUAGUUCAGUUUUGUGCUUUUCACAGGAAGCUAUUGAAAUAUUUAAAGAAGUCCUGAAGCAGAAAUCAGAUUUCAUAGAUGCCUAUAAAAGUCUGGGCCAGGCUUAUCGAGAACUUGGUAACUUUGAAGCCGCAGCGGAAAAUUUUCAGAAGGCAUUGAUGCUUAAUCAAAAUCAUGUCCAGACGAUACAACUGAAGGGCAAUACGUUUUAUCAUCAUGGAAGCUUGGAUGAAGCCUUGAAAAACUUUAAGAGGUGUCUUCAAAUAGAGCCAUAUAAUGAAGCAUGUCAGUACAUGAAAGGACUCAGUCAUGUUGCCAUGGGCCAAUUUUAUGAAGGAAUCAAAGCUCAGACUAAAGUUAUGCUAAAUGAUCCCUUGCCUGGUCAAGCAGCCAGUACAGAAUAUCUAAAAGUGAAAUACCUUAGGGAAUAUUCUCGCUAUCUCCAUGCUCAUCUUGAUAUUCCAGUUACGGAAUACAACAUAGAUGCAGAUCUUCCUGGAAAGUUUAAAGAUCACUGGGUCAAGAAUCUUCCUUUUUUGAUAGAAGACUAUGAAGAACAGCCAGGCCUACAACCAAAUAUAAAAGAUGUGCAGCUUCACAAAUUUGAAAACUAUAAGUCCUCAGUGCAAGAAAUGAUAUGUGUAGCUAAUCAUUUGGGUUCAUUAAUGCAAUAUGAGACUGUUGGAUUUCUUCCAAACAAGAGAAUGCAUAGAGCAAUGGGGCUAGCGGUGCUAGAAGUAAUGCAAGCUGUACAGCGAACUUGGGUAAACUCAAAGGUGCGGAUGAAUGGAAAAACCAAGCUGAUGCAAUGGAGAGAUAUGUUCGACAUUGCUGUGAAAUGGAGACGGAUAGCUGAUCCAGACCAGCCAGUGCUAUGGUUAGACCAAAUACCAGCUCAAAGCCUUAGUAGAGGUUUUAAUAAUCACAUCAAUCUUAUCAGGGGCCAGGUUAUUAACAUGAGAUACACAGACUAUUUUGACAAGAUACUUCAUUUUAUCAAAGACAGGAUCCUUGUUUAUCAUAGUGCUAAUAACCAUAAAGAACUAUUGGAAGUUCGUGAAGCAUUGGAGCAGGUACAUAAGGUAGAAGAUCUUCUUCCAAUUAUGAAGCAGCUUAAUAGUAAAACAAGAGAUGGUUUUACCAUCCACACCAAAGUCCCAAGCCUCAAAAAUCCAGGAAAGGAAUAUGAUGGAUUUACUAUUACUUUAACAGGAGACAGGAUUGGGAACCUUUUGUUUUCAGUUGAGACACAGACAACAGAAGCAAGAACACAACUUUAUCAUACAGAAAUAGAUGCUCUUUAUAAAGAUUUAACUAUGAAAGGAAAAAUACAUCUUUUGUCUGCAGAAUCUAGAGAGACAGAUGUCAUAUGCAAUCUAAUCUUGUCUGUUUUAUACUACUUCUGUAACUUAAUGCCUCUUUCCAGAGGUUCCAGUAUAGUGGGUUAUUCAAUCAUCAUGGGAGCACUGAUGGCAAGUGGACAGGAAGUGUCAGGAAAAAUUCCUAAAGGAAAGUUGGUGGACUUUGAAGCCAUGAUUGCAUCUAGUUCAGAAGCCUUCAGUAAAGUAGCAAAAGACUGGCUGAAUUUGAAAAGCAUUUCACCUUCCUACAAGAGUCUUCCACUAGUAUCAGAAUCAUUUCCGACUUUACGAACUAUGAUGGAAGUAUUAAGUGCAGAUUCAUCACAUUGCCUUAAAAGGCUUUAGUUGCUAUGUAACAUCUCAAUAAAAAACACUGACUUCC